UUUGCUGGAGUAUAUUUGACUAUAAAUACCUAUCUUGAUUUAUAGCUUUGUUGACUUCAGAAAAGUACGCAACCAUUCCCAGAACCAAUAAUACCUUCAAAGGAAACACAAUGUUAAAGGCUAUCAUCAUUUCAUUGGUUGUCACACAGGUCUUUUGUGCUACUACAAUGGCACCAGACAUGACAACAAAACAUCAUAAUCACCAUCACCAUUCUCAUGGGACCCAUGGCACCAGGCCUACCAGGGAACCAGUGGAGGCAGAUAAACAUUAUUUUAAAUAUGACCCAACAUCGCAUUUGAUGAUGGCUGUCAACGCAAAGGCCUGUUAUAUCUACACUAUGUCAUCUCAAGAAUCUAUGGAUGUACAUACAGUACAUGGAUUACAUGCUCUAGAGAUUAAGCUAAUUACCAUGAUAGACGAUGCUACAGCAACGUUCCAGUCAAUUACCCAUGACAACUUGACAACAAUGAGCAAAUCACUUGCCCAUUCGUGUAAAGCCGUUAACAUGGUCAUGAAACUCAACUGAUUUUACA